AUGGAAGAUCAGGCCUUACCCAGUUAUCAAAAUGCUGCCAAUACCACUCUCUAUGAGAUUCCAGAUUCUGAGGAAGAAAAAGGAGAUAACUUUUAUAACAAUGUCCGUGAAGAUCCACCUCCUUAUUCCCUCACUACCAUCCCAGAGAGCAUGGAUGGCAGUCAGGAGGGCUCAGAAGAUAGCUGUAGUAAUUCUGCAACUUCUCAGCAUGGGGCUGAUAGGGAGGAUGGUUCCUCAUCUCACCAUGGUGCUGAAGAAUACAUCCAGGAGAUGGAUCUGGGGAACCCAGCUCUAGAAGAUAAGCACAUAGAUGAUAUUGUAUUUCCCAGCAACAUGCGUGGUUCUCCAGGUUUCCUGUCCCGACAGACCCCGAUAACUUCUUCCAACUCUUCCAUGUCCCUCAGAUUCCCCCUUAACAAUAACUUGGGAGAAACUGGCAACUCUAAGGAAGAUUGUGAGAUUUACAUGUUUGUAAAGGCUGGUAUUGAUGGAGAAAGCAUUGGGAACUGUCCAUUCUCCCAGCGUCUCUUCAUGAUCCUCUGGCUCAAAGGAGUUGUGUUCAACGUCACCACCGUUGACCUGAAAAGGAAGCCAGCUGACCUACACAAUCUGGCUCCUGGCACCCAUCCACCUUUCUUGACUUUUAAUGGAGAAGUUAAGACAGAUGUUAACAAGAUUGAGGAAUUCUUGGAAGAGACUCUUGCACCUCCAAAGUACCCCAAGCUGGCUGCAAAGCACCGGGAAGCAAACACUGCUGGAAUUGACAUCUUCUCCAAAUUUUCUGCAUACAUCAAAAAUACCAAGCAGCAGGAUAAUGCUGCCCUUGAAAGAGGCUUGGUGAAGGCUCUGAAGAAGCUGGAUGACUACCUGAGAACCCCUCUGCCCGAGGAGAUUGAUGCAGACAGCACUGAAGAGGAGAAAGUGUCUAAACGAAAGUUUCUGGAUGGAGAUGACCUGACUCUUGCUGACUGCAACCUUCUCCCCAAACUCCAUGUUGUCAAGAUUGUUACCAAGAAAUACCGCAACUUCGAGUUCCCCACAGAGAUGACGGGGCUGUGGCGGUACCUGAGGAACGCGUACGCCCGGGAUGAGUUCACCAACACCUGUGCAGCAGACAAAGAGAUUGAGCAAGCAUAUGCAGAUGUGGCCAAGAGGCUCAGCAAGUCCUAACUGACCUCAGCCCUCAUGUCUCAGUCUCCCCUUUUACAGACUCUUCUCCUUAUUGCCUUAAGAUUUACUUUCUCAUUGCGCUCUCUGGUUGGCAUCCCUCUGACUUCAGCUCUUCAGGUGUAUUGGUCAGGGAUUAAUCCACUUCUCACUGGAGAAAAGAGAAAGCAGCUCUAGCAGGAGGUGUGGAGACCUUUUGAAAUCUGACCCUAAGAUCUGGCUCAACUAGUAUUAUUUGCAAUCAGUAUUGGAAAUGAGUGCACUUCAUUAGUUUUCUUGUUUCAUGUCAGGGGUGUGUCACCACCUGUAUCCUUUGGCAGGUUAGAAAUCAGCUGAAGUUUCAAAUAAGAGAGUUAGGAUCUGUUUUUUCUGUAGCUGAUUUCAAGGGUGUUUUUUCUCCCAGUGGUAUUGAGAUCCCUGAGGCAAGAGCAAAAUAUAAGAGAAAUAGAGGGCAAAAAAGAGAACUUGACCCUGAAGAAGAAAUACCAGUAGCAGUUGUAUUUUAAAAAACUCUCUGAAUAUUCUGUCUUAGAAGGCCCAAGAUUUUAUAGGGUGUUUAUUUUUAACUUGGCGCAAGUGGGGGGAAGCCUGAGUGACUAUGUCAGACUUGCAGAUGCUAUUUUGCAUAAAAUUUGCAUGAUGCUGUUGGAUCCAAAUGUUUGAAGUGAAAGAGGGUGAAUGAGCCAUUGAGCAGGCAGCCCUUGGAAGAGUGGGGCUAGUGCCAAAAUGCCCAGUGGAUCUGCUAGUUGGUGGAAAGACACAGACACAGCAGUAACAAGGGCAGCAUAUUGACUCCAGCAAAUAGAGGGGAAUUGGCACAGCUCACCAAACCACGUAAGAUAUUGUUGUCUUGACUGUAUGGUUGCCAGUUCCUUGAUAAUUGCUAUCUUGGGAAACUUGGAUAAGCAGGAGAAAGCUGUCACUGCACACAAAUCCCAGGCAGGGAAAGAGCUUUCUUCACAUUGGGCUCCAGAUGGGUCACUUUAAAACACUUAUCACCACCAAGUUUUCUCUGAGAGCUUUAAAGAGGGCAGGCUAGAACAGAGAGAGCACAUUUCCAGACAGAAAUUCAGCAAGUGUGCUUGCAGAAAUCCAUAUAUGAUGCCUUGGUCCUGCUCAUCCAGGUUAUAGUGAUCCAGGUCACACAAUUUGUAAUUGGGAUUGUUUUUCUAAAGCUGACAGUUUUCUUCUGUCUGAAGUGUCUGCUUGACACAAUCUCCCUUACACUAGUGAUUAUUUGUGUAUUACUUUAAGAAAUUCAGAAUGACACCUCUUUUGCAUGAAACUCCAAUACCCUAAUGUGUAUGAGGGUGCACAGGGCUCUUGAUUUUCAGUUUUGGGGGGAUUUAGGAUUGUUUUCAAAGAUAAAAUAAAACUAAGCUGUCACCCAAUGGGGCUCCCCUUCUGAUCAGAGCUGUGAGAGCUGCACUGAUUUGAGGGGACCCCCAAGCUGUGACCACAGGGAUCCUUGCAGCAGGCUUGUUUGCAGCCAGGGAGCUGAAGGAUGGGAGACAGCAUUGAAAGCCAAGCUCUAGGGUGUGAUGCUGAUGACAGUCUGAAGCCAUCCUGUUGCUUUGGUGGGACUAUUCCAUUUCCACACUAACCCAGCUGGGAGAGAAUGGUGCUCGUUGACCGUGAAGAUAGUUUGUGGUUUUACUAUUGUUUCACAUGGUCAAUUUGUUUCGAACUUUCCAAAACCUUGGAAGAAAAUCUAUGAGCUCCCAAGUCUUCCCCUAGUAUGGGCUUUGUUAGCAAUGGCAAGACUGGAGGGCAAAGGCUUAUGCUCUUGAAAAUAUUGUUGAGAGAUCAGCUGGCUCAAAGAACACUAUUAGCAGCCAGAAGAAUCUAAUGAGAUUAGAAGUGUCUGCACAAGCACAUGUGGCUUGUUAAAAGCAUUUCUUCAUGAGACUGGAAUUAUUUGUGAUUUUUUAAAAUUUUUUUUUCUCAAUUAAGGCAUUUAUUUAUUUAUUUAUUUCAACUGACUCAGUCCUUCCUGUCUUUUUUGUUUCCACUCAGCACACCAGUCAAGAUGGCUCUGUCUGUUAGAAAACUGUUCUUAGCCAUGCUCUGCAAAUUCAUAUCUAGUGAAAAUCCUCCUAUCUGCUUAAUGGUCACUGGGUUUUUCUUUACUUUCAACAUAAUUUGGCUUGGAGCACGCUGAUCAACAGAAUCUACAUUUCUCUCAGUAGUCUUUUUCCAGGUUUGGACCUCAAUAAUUUGCUUUGCUUAAUCACAGUUACAGAGAAUCUUUGCAUGAAGAUGCAGAGGCAGACACAGGAUCUUGCUUUGUGCCCACUCUAUUUAGCUCCUUAAGGAAAAUUGUCAAAGCAUACAGGAGAUUUUUCAUAUAGGGUAAGUGAACCAUUUCAGGGUCUUAUCUGAUUUCUGUCUCUGAAUCCUCACCAAUUUACCAAAUCCUAUGGUUCUGAAAUGUUCUAAUAUGUCCUUUUCCACCUUUGCUAGAAGAGGGCCAUAUCACAAUCUCAGCAAGCUCAGAUUACGUUUGUUUUAAAAAAAAUAUGUUAAAAAAUGCUAAGUCUUAUACCAAAAAUAAAAAGCUGUUAGUGCAAUAAACUUAUUCGGACACGAUCUGUCUAAAACCUUUUUAGGAUUUCAUUAUAAAAUAUGAAAAUCCCCAAACUGCUUUCCUUUUAAUUAAUAAUGAAAAAAAUCCUCAAAAAUCUUUAUUUUUCUAACAGUAACCCCCCAAAUUUUAGAUAAAAUGUAUGGAUAGGUAUGAAAAAGAAUAAAAGGAACAUGAAACUGUC